CCAGCUCUUCAGAUGCUUCCAGUAUCAGGAGGACAUGGGGCCCAGGGCAUCGCUGAGCCGGCUCCGGGAGCUCUGCAGCCACUGGCUGCAGCCGGCGCUGCACAGCAAGAAGCAGAUCUUGGAGCUGCUGGUGCUAGAGCAGUUCCUCAGUGUGCUGCCCCCACACCUCCUAGCUCGGCUGCAGGGCCAGCAGCUCAGGGAUGGAGAGGAAGUGGUGCUGCUGCUGGAGGGUAUCCAGAGGGAGUCCAUCGACGUGGGGCCACUGCCCCCCAGGACCCUGAGCUGUGGCCUGAGGAGAACUCCCAUGAUCAGGAGCUGGCUGCUGUUCUGGAGUCCCUGACCUUUGAAGAUGUCCCAGUGAAGAACACAUGGCCUGUGCACCCCCUAGGAUUUGGAAGCAGAACCCCAGACGAGACGUUUCAAGAAGAGCCCAAAGGGGUUGCCUGGCCUGCUGCUGUCUCGGCAGAGUCUCAGGAAGGUAGUCCAGGGGUGACAGAAGAGCCCCGUGCACAGUCACUUGGGCAGGGUCCUGGAGUGAGCAGCUCCCAUGAAGGAGAGUCCCCUGAUGCUAAGAGUGAUGCUGUAGUGGCCAAAGUGGCCGGAGGGGCCUCCCAGUCGGAGCCAGAGACGAAGUUCAUCUGCACAGAAUGUGGGGUGAGUUUCACGAAGCUGGCCCGCCUGGAAGGGCACCAGCUGAGGUCUCACCCCGGCUCGCGGUCCUUCCCGUGCUUGUGCUGUGGGAAGACCUUCGGCCGCAACUCUAUCCUCAAGCUGCACAUGCGCACGCACACUGAUGAGCGGCCACAUGCCUGCCACCUCUGCAGCCACCGCUUCCGCCAGAGCUCACACCUAAACAAGCAUCUGCAGACACACUCUGAGCCUGCCUUCUUGUGCGCCGAAUGCGGCCAAGGCUUCCAGAGUCGGACCAGCCUCCUCCAGCACCUGCUGGCGCACGCCCAAGACCAAAAGGCACCCUGCACCGCGGAGACCAAGACCAAAGCUCCAGAACUGACCGUAGUCCUGUGCUCACAUUGUGGCCAAACCUUCCAACGCCGUUCCAGCCUCAAGCGCCACCUGCGGAUUCACACCAAAGACAAGGGCCACCAGCGCUCCGAGAGCUCGGACAGCAUGCGCCGGAGCCCUGAGCGCAGGCCCUAUGUGUGCAGCGACUGCGGUAAGGCUUUCCGGCGCAGUGAGCACCUGGGAGCCCACCUGCGUGUGCACACAGGCGAGCGGCCUUUCUCCUGCCAGGUCUGCGGCCGUAGAUUCAGCCAGAGCUCCCAGCUGGUCUACCACCAGCGGGUGCACACCGGCGAGAAGCCCUAUGGCUGCCAGCAGUGCGGGAAGCGCUUUGUGCGCCGAGCUAGCCUCGCCCGCCACCUCCUGACCCACGGCGGCCCAAGGCCCCACCGUUGCACCCAGUGUGGCAAGACCUUCAGCCAGACUCAGGACCUCGCUCGCCACCGGCGCAGCCACACUGGCGAGAAGCCCUGCCGCUGCAGCCAGUGCGGUGAAGGAUUCAGCCAGAGUGCCCACCUAGCGCGCCACCAGCGCAUCCACACAGGGGAGAAGCCCCACGCCUGUGACACCUGCGGCCACCGCUUCCGCAACAGCUCCAACCUGGCCCGCCACCGCCGCAGCCACACCGGUGAGCGGCCCUACGGCUGCCAAACGUGCGGCCGGAGUUUCCGGCGCAACGCCCACCUGCAGCGGCACCUGGCUACCCAUGCAGGCACCGGGGACGAGGCGGUGUCCGGGCAGGCCGAGCCCCCGCAAGAGUGCCUAGAGUGUGGCAAGAGCUUCAGUCGUAGCUGCAACCUACUGCGUCACAUGCUGGUGCACACGGGGGCUAGGCCCUACUCCUGCACACAGUGUGGCCGCAGCUUCAGCCGCAAUUCCCACCUGCUCCGCCACCUGAGAACCCACUCCCGGGAGACCCUGUACUAG